CACCAUUUUCUACGAGAAACACGGUCGCCAUGUCUUCUCCGGCCUCAAGGCGCUCUCAGCGCCCUUCCGCCACCCCGCGAAGAAGCACGCGCAAUUCUCGAAUUCCUUCCAGCAGCCCAGCAGCCGCCGCCGGUGCUGAUCAGCAACUUCGCUCAGAAGCAUCGAUUGCGUCGUCGCAGCGCGGAACUCCCAGAGCCAACCGGCUGCAGCAGGAUGGCACGUCCAAUUCACCUGGGUUGUUCAUGUCGCCAGCGAACGCUUCUGGGGCUGCGAAUGGCGCCGGCGCCAGCUCCCCCUUAAUGCAGUCGGAUGGCGAUAUGACUCCCAGAGCAUCUGGGCAGAAUGCCGGACUUUCGUCCCCCAUCCAUUACAGCUCUAGUCCUGCUCCCAAUGGAAAUGCCGCCCAACGAUCUGCCCAGGAACCCCGGAGCAGCAGCAGCGCCCUUUUCGUCCGAUCUUCUCUUGGUCUUGGGUCAGAGAGUGGUGGCCCUCGCAACCGUCGAAGUGAUAUCAAUUCCGAUAUUUUGGGGCAAUCCUCUUCUCAGCGCCGUCGCAGGCUCUUCGUCGACGAGAAUGGCAUGGCGGUGCACGAAGCCAUGCCUUCAGAAACUGCCACUUUCUCCAAUAUGAAUCCUGAUACCUCAGACGCCGAUGUACUUGGUGGAAAUUCUUCCAGAGUGGUUUGGGGUACCAACAUCUCCCUGGUUGAUUCGAUGAACGCUAUGAAGGAUUUCCUGCUCAAUUUCCAGAGGAAGUAUCGCAUGAUUCAGGAUGAGGAGCUGGAAGAAGGAUCAACUCUCCCCGCCACCCAUCCAGCAAUGGCAAAGGAGUACGUUGAGAUGAUGAAAGCCAUGCUCGAGCUUGGCAUAACUCCUCUCAAUCUGGAUGCGCGAAAUCUAAAGUCAUACCCACCGACAAGGAAGCUCUGGCAUCAACUUCAGGCGUUUCCCAACGAGAUCAUCCCGCUUAUGGAUGUUUGUGUUAAGGACGUCAUGAUCGAACUGGCGGAGAAGCGUAUGAAUGAGCUGAGGCUGGCACAACAGCCGAGAAGCGCCAGACCGCGAGGUCGUGAUUCCAGCUCUUUGCCUCCUGUGCCAAGCUCAGAUAUCGGGACACCAGGAACGCCAGCUGCUGCGGUCCCUGAUCUUCCAGAUCUCGUCAGAGAAGUGGACUCCAAGACCUAUCGAGUCAGACCCUUUGGUUUGGAUAAAACGAUCAAUUUGCGAGAGUUGAACCCAAGUGAUAUGGAUAAACUUGUUAGUAUCAAGGGUUUAGUCAUUCGCACAACCCCAAUAAUUCCAGACAUGAAGGAUGCAUUCUUCCGCUGUGCCGUCUGCAAUCAUACCGUUAAAGUCGAUAUUGACCGUGGCAAGAUUGCUGAGCCAACCGCUUGCCCUCGUCCGGUUUGCGCUCAGCAAAAUUCGAUGCAAAUCGUACACGAGCGCUCCGGGUUCGCGGACAAGCAAGUCAUCAAGCUUCAGGAGACCCCUGAUAGUGUCCCAGACGGCCAGACUCCGCAUUCCGUCUCUCUCUGUGCUUACGAUGAGCUUGUUGAUGUUUGCAAAGCUGGAGACAGAGUCGAGAUUACGGGCAUUUUCAAGUGCAACCAAGUUCGGAUCAAUCCUCGUCAGAGGACCGUGAAGAACAUUUUCAAGACCUAUGUUGACGCUCUGCACAUCCAAAAGGUCGACAAGAAGCGCGUGGGCAUCGACGUAUCGACUGUAGAAGAAGAGCUUGCCGAUCAAGUCGCUGGCGACGUUGAGGAGACCAGAAAGGUUUCUGAGGAAGAAGAGGCUAAGAUCAAAGCCGUUGCCGAGCGAGACGAUGUCUAUGAGCUCCUUUCUCGGUCCCUUGCACCUAGCAUCUACGAGAUGGAUGACGUUAAGAAGGGUAUUCUUCUCCAGCUCUUCGGCGGCACGAACAAAUCUUUCGAGAAAGGUGGUAGCCCUCGCUACAGAGGCGAUAUCAACGUUCUUCUUUGCGGCGACCCCUCGACUGCCAAGUCACAGAUCCUCAAGUACGUCCACAAGAUCGCCCCGCGAGGUGUCUACACAUCUGGCAAAGGUUCAUCCGCGGUCGGUCUCACCGCGUACGUCACUCGCGACCCGGAAACACGCCAGCUGGUCCUCGAAUCUGGUGCUCUUGUUCUCUCCGACGGUGGUGUCUGCUGUAUUGAUGAAUUUGAUAAGAUGUCAGACUCAACGCGCUCUGUUCUUCACGAAGUAAUGGAACAGCAAACUGUCUCCAUUGCAAAAGCAGGUAUCAUCACUACCCUCAACGCCCGCACCUCGAUCCUCGCCUCCGCCAAUCCCAUCGGUUCUAAGUACAACAUCAACCUCCCUGUCCCACAGAACAUCGACCUCCCGCCUACCCUCCUCUCCCGUUUCGAUCUUGUCUACCUCGUUCUGGACCGCAUCGAUGAGAACACCGAUCGCCGCAUGGCUCGCCAUCUUGUGAGCAUGUAUCUCGAAGACACGCCACAGAACGCGUCCGCGGCCGAGAUCCUUCCAAUCGAGUUCCUGACAGCAUACAUCUCGUACGCUCGCGCACACAUUCACCCGAAGCUCAACACCGAAGCUUCGAGAGCGCUCGUAGACGCGUACGUGGCCAUGCGUGCGUUAGGUGCCGAUGUGCGUAGUCAGGAGCGCCGCAUCACAGCUACUACCCGACAACUUGAAAGCAUGAUCCGUUUAGCAGAAGCGCAUGCCAAGAUGCGACUCAGUACCGUUGUCACAGAACACGAUGUCGCUGAGGCUGUGCGACUGAUCAAGAGCGCUCUGAAACAAGCCGCAACUGAUGCUCGAACUGGUCUCAUUGAUAUGGGUCUGCUGACCGAAGGUGCCGGUAGCGGUGACCGCAAGAGGAGAGAGGAGCUCAAGAGGGCGGUGCUGGACGUGCUUGAUGAUGCUCAUGGAACUGUUAGGGUUAAUGAGCUUAUCAAGAAAAUCAGAGAGGGCGCGAGUGAGAGUUUCGAGAGCAAUGAGCUCACGGAAGUGCUGAGGGUGGCUGAAGCGGAGGGGACGGUGCAGGUUAGUGGGGAGGGGGGACGGAGAGUUGUGAAACGGGUGCGUGGAUAGUGGGAUUGUUCGUGAUGGGUGUGUUUAAGGUGUUCCGGCUUGAAUAUGUGGAGUAGCCACUGGGGUUCUUUGGGUGACGGCAUGGGCGGUCGGGAUGGAUGAGAUGGAUUAGUGUGUUUAUGUUGUCAAUGUCUCUUCACUCACAUGGUGCGUAGAUAUAGAUCCCCCGGAGGCCGUGCUCUAUACGUCUAAUACAAGAUUCUGCUACG